AAGCAAUUUUUGAUAAAAAAAAAAAAAACUAUUUUGAAAGGUUUCAACAAGUGCCACAAGCCACCCUUCAUCCGGAUUUGCUCCUCCGCUUAUCUGGACUUUCAAGAGGCCCAAUGUCAUCAGACUUCUAGUGGACGAGUCCCACUAAUGACGCGCAUUCUCGGGGGCUUUGGCUCGUCAAUGGAAUGCUCAGAUAAGUCGGAAAUGUCGCAGAGCCUUUUCAUUUGCAGUCAUCGUAGAGUGGAAACAGAUUGGAAACAUAUUGAUUUCGUAAUUUAUGCUAAUUCUGGGCACUGGAAACUGUAAGGGCGCUUGGGAUAAUCGCUCCAGAGUUUCCGUUUCGAUGAAAAGGCGAUUCAGUAUGAAAGCGAUUCAAAAGUCUGGGUGUCAUUUUGAUGGGUAUCGCCCACAUUUGGUCACAUAAACUGUACAAUCUGAUGACUGUUUAUUACCUGAUAGACAGUUGAUGUAUUUUUGAACUGGUCCCGCUGAUUGCUGGCCAAGAAUCGAGAACUCUGCUGACCCAGUUUAUAGGCUUGUCUCGCUCCUAAUGAUGUUCGUGUAUCUUGUUGCAUAAAUUAUCAUAAAUGUAACUGCACCGACUGGGUGAUCACAGUUUUCCAUUUCAUCGUUUGGCAUUCCGCUUUUAAUGGUGGGCCAAGAACAGUUAUGGAGGUGCGGGAAAUGUGUUUUCUGUUCGAUCUAGAGAUUAUAUUGUAUAUUUUCUAUGCAUAUUAAAAUGUUUGUCUCGAGUUCUUCAGCAUAUAAAAGCAGAAGUCGAAUUCUUGGCUCAGCUCAGUCCGAUCUGAAGAGAUAUCCGAAGUACACCAUGAGCUUUCUGGGACUCUUGGCUUUCCUGGUGUUGGGUCUGUGUUCUACCGCCCAGGCUUCGUUGGUGAAAUGCUCGUGUGAUCCUGGUCCACAGGGCGAGCGAGGACCUCCUGGACCGCCCGGACCUCCUGGCAAUCAGAUCGGGCAUCAUGGCAGUGGUUCUGGCUACUGGGGCUAUCCACCCUCAGGUCCAUAUCCCCCAAAUCUGCCAUUCAUUCAGGGACCCAGAGGCUUACCAGGACCACCGGGUCCGCCUGGAUAUUGUUUCCCCUGCCCGGCUGGUCCGCCAUUGAGAGCCUUUCCGCCGCCUGGAGUUCCUGUGCCGCCUUUCAUUUCCACCCCAGCUGGUGGCGGAUUUGGUGCAGCCUCUACACUGACCAGCGCCGUGGGCAACAUCAUUGUGAUUCCGGGAGCUGCGGGAACGGUCGCAGCCGGUCGAGCUCAGUUCUAUCACAUUUCACCAGAUGGCCAGGUGCUGCAGAUCGAUCGACCGCAGAAUCUGCCCAGUGAACUAUUCGAUGCACCAGUGAACCAAGCUGCCGGCGCACCCAUUCCACCACCGCAACCCACUUCGUCUUCUCUGUCGGGGAUUACACCACCAGCCGUUCAAGUGCCACCCACUCAGCCCACACCCAGCGAUCUGGGCGUCCAGCAGCCCACACUUUUGCCGGAGAAUGUGGAGGAAACUGUGUUCGCGGUGGGCAAUCGCAACGACUUCCUGCGUGGCAGCUCCGAUGCCAGCGAUUGGAGAAGGAUCCUCCUCCUGGGAGAGCGACCCACCGCCAGUCUGGUCAAGGGCCAGUCCGUUCAGCAGCUUAAUCCCAACCAGCUGGAGAGCAGCGUGGAGAACUUCCAGAGGGCCCUAGUCGAACUGAAGGAGAAGUAUGCCACGCUCACCCAACCGCGCAGCUCAAAUCAAUAUGCAGUCAUCAUUUGAAGGGAAUACUUAAGCUUAAAGUUAGUUGAAUAAUUUAAUAAAAA